UACAAAACAUCUGCUGUUUGCUGUCCUGCUUGCCAGCCCCCACUCUCGCACCCGCUACGGCUCGUUCCAAAAGUACUAAAACACCAACCAGUGAGCCGUAAAGCUUCGGAACUAAGUUGUAACAUAAAGUUAAGCCCAAAUUCAACAGCAAACAGUUUAAUUGUGAAUUUGUUUUAACACCCGUGAACGUCAACCAGCCCAACGUGCGGUUUGUGCGCGUAGUGGAAGUGUGUUCGAUUCGUGUGCCAACCAACUGUGUGUAUGGGAAGAAUGCUCCGUGCGCAAGAGCGGUAAACGCGAAACAACGUGAUUGAAUCCGCAGCACAUACACAACACCACACGUUUACCGUAGUCGAAAUCCACCGGAGAGCGUAGUCGGACGCAGAGACGGACGCCAGGCACCAGGGAACCUGCGUACCGAAAAAAGGUUCAAUAAUCCCGUCGCAGUGCUUGCUGCGAUUACAGCAAAAAAGUCCGUGUGCGUGUGUGCCUGUGUGAUUUAAUUUAAUUUGUAGGUGGCCAACGAUUACGAUUAGGCCGGUCGAAUUCUUCCAGCGGAACAGGCGAACAAAAACGGCAAGCGAUAUCUGUUCCGUCCAAACAUGAGCAGCAGUGCCUCAUCCUCAACGGCUGGUAGUAAUGCCCCGGGUGGUGCUGGAGGCGUUAGCGGUGGGGCGGCAGGAGCAGCGAGCCAGUCAAGCGGACACGAAACCAGUGAGGUGGCCAAUGGGACGGACGGCAGUGGACAUGCGACCAGCGCUAGUGGCGCGGGCCCGGCUGGAAACAUUGUGGAGAAGCAGUCGAGCGGUGGCGGUGGAGGAGUGGGUCACCCCGGGACGGAACCACGAACGUCCUCACCUGCCCACCAUCGGAACGGUGGUGCGCAUGGGACCACCAGCACCACCGGAACGGUCCUGCGACGAAAGACGAACGUUUGCCUGAUCUGUGGCAUCUACACCAAUCUGUCCCUCAACAUAUUCGAGCCUCGCAACGGACCAAACAUAGUGGAUGUGAUCUACGAAAAGUACAAGUUCCGGGCCGAACGUGGUGACAACGCAGACAAACACAUCUGCUUCAGCUGCAACAACUGGCUGAUCAACUGGUACUCGCUGCAGAACACAUCGUCCGGCAGUUCGCGAUCGUACGAACCGGCCCCAUCCACCAGCCGCUCAUCGUCGGCGGCGGACAGCAGCAACAACAGUCGCCCGGGUCGCCAUCACAACCACGGUAAGCCGCGCACGAAAAGUCACUACCGGAGCAUCGUUGUCGCCGCGCCCGACUCGUCAAAUGAUAAGGAAAAUGCGCACCAACAAAACCAACGCCAUCCGCCGUCGACGUACCCCGACCAGCACGGUCAGAUAUCUUCCACCACCGGCUUUCCGGCCGUGCAGAACUACACCAGAUCUCCCCAUACGCGCGUACGGAACGUAAAUCCUUACGCGAAAAACGCAAUUACGGCUUUCAAAAGUGGGCGACGAGCGGCGUUCGCGCUGAAAGAACAAAACGGACAGCAGCGGGGUUCGGUGAGUGGGCACGGCUGGAAGGAUCUGCCGGCAGUAGUAGUAACCGCAAAGUCGAAGCACCCAGAACCGGACAACGUGGUGUCGAGCAGUACGCAGGAGCAGCGUACGUUCGAUCCGUACCCGAUACUAGUCAAACCGUUCGAAAGCCGUCUCAUACAGAUGCUGGAAGGGCAGGGCACCAGCGUGACGAAGGAAAGCGCUCCACGGGCCUGGAAUCCUCGAACGCUCGAUACCACCAACGGGAACAAUGUGGAGAUGGUCCAGCGACGGAACGGCAGGCACGAUGCGAAUGGAAACGGUUCGCACGAUACGCUUCCCCACAGUGAGCAUGAAGACGAAGAUUGCAAAGAAAUUGUUAUCAGCUUCGAUACUGCCCUGUCGGAGGUGAUCGAUGUGGUGCCGUCGCUGAAGGCGCUGCAACCCUGCCGCAAUGCUAACGGAUCGAUGGAAGAAGACCCGGUACGAUCGCUACGAUCGCGAGUAUCCUCCGGCGCGCUCACUGUAUCGGUGCUUCCUGUCGAUGCAGUAUGAUGCAGUAGAUCGCCAUCACAAUUUAACUAACCUUGCAAGAAAAAGACCACAAGCAGAGAGAGAGAGAGAGAACAUGAGAGAGUAUCAUUUGUUAUUAGAUGAAUCGUCCUACAACGGGAUGAACAAUGCCAGGAUAAUCAAAAGCAAGCCAUGGCGUGGAUUGUUACGUGUGCGUUUAGUUAUGACCAAAUCGUUAAAACAGAAGAGAUACACCUACCAAAAAAAGAAAGGUUUAAUAUUAAUAGCCAGUAUAAAGCGACGCCGGAUAUGCCAUACAGAAUAGUUAAGCGGAAGGAGCUUAGUUGUGUACAGGAAGAAGCAAUACCGUCAAUAGAGAACACAGAACUGUACGAGCAUUAGGGUACGAUUUUAUGUGUGUGUGAUGCUGUUGGUCGACACACUCACACACACACACACCGACUGGACUGUUUUAGAUUAAUUUUGUUUAGUUUUUAAUAUUAAAUUUAAAAAAAAACCUCUUCCACUAUGCAUUCCUUCCCGUAAAGGUGCGUUUUCUGUGAGCGCGCAUAUUCGUUGUGUAUGUGUACGUAGUUUAGGCAAUGUUUGGAUCUCAUUUAAAUUAUCCCGCGUCUUAGUGGUAGCGUUUCUACACAUUCCUUACUGAAAUUGUCGAACAAAAACCAAACCACUGUAAAGCUAGAGAGAACGGCUAGCAGAUUUAGAGGAUGUGUUUAUCCUGGUCUCCUUUUUUUCGAAAGGGUAAGCAAACCUGCUACAACUAAAUAUGAAACGAUCGUGCUUAAGCAACAAAACCUGAUUUAUAGGUAAACUGUUGAUAUGUAUUUGUUUUGGUCCAUACUUCUAUCGUUUAGCUAGGACGUGUAUGAGCUAGUUGGAUCAAGAUGUAACCAAAAGACGCUUUAAUAUUUUUAUUUUGCAUUUUUAUACAAACCACACACACACACAUACUGAGAGCAGGUGGCAGCUCUAGUUUGUAUGUCCGGUACAAAGCAAAGGAUUAUAGUGUCAUAGUAUUAUUAGGCAAGCAACAAAUUUAGCCUUAUCGUGUACGCUGCUCUCAUACCAGUUAUAUAUCAUGAUGUGGAAAACAGGAAAAGCGCGAAAAGCGCAUAACCAUUCUACACAA